UUUAUACCGUUAUUUUUCAGCACUACUUCGCGGUGGCGGCGGGUAUUGUUGAGGCGGGAGAAUGGCAUUGGCAAAGGGCCUGAGGCCCGUUCAGGUGUUUGGUGUGAUACUGUUCGUGAGGAUCGCGUCUGUAUUCGUGGUGCAGACGUGGUACGUGCCAGACGAGUACUGGCAGACAUUGGAGGUGGCGCACAAGCAAGUGUUUGGCUACGGAGCCCUGACUUGGGAGUGGACAAAAGGCAUCAGGAGUUACCUGUACCCGAGUGUGGUGGCUGCUCUGUACACCAUACUGAAGUUUACUGGACUGGACCAUCCUCAGGCCUUGAUUCUCCUGCCUCGCAUCCUACAAGCAGUCAUUAGUGCUGUAGCCGACUACAGCUUCUACAAAUGGACCGGUGGUCGUAAAUGGGCACUGUUCUUGGUACUCACGUCUUGGUUCUGGUUCUACACAGCCAGUAGAACGCUUUUGCAGACGGUUGAGACUGCUCUGGUGGCCAUUGCACUUUCUAAAUAUCCAUUCAGAGAUGGCAAGACCAGCUAUUUUGAGAAAGAGAGCACCCUAUGGAUCUGGCUAGCUGUAGUGAGCGUGUUCGUGCGUCCGACGUCAGCGCCUCUGUGGGUGAUUCUAGGGCUGUACAACAUAGCCACUACUAAGGAGCCACGUCUCAAGCUGGUGGUGCGCACUUACCUGCCUAUUAGUCUUCUUGUGGGAGGAGCCCUAGUGGCCUUGGACUCGUACUUGCACGGGAGUGUGGUGGUGACGCCAUGGGAGUUCUUCCGGUUUAACGUACUUCACGACAUCGCCUCUUUCUAUGGACAGCACCCAUGGCACUGGUACCUCUGGCAAGGCAUUCCAGCAGUACUAGGCAUCAACUCGCUGCCGGUACUGGCCGCUAUUGUAGCCAUCCUGCGGCGUCCGCGGGAGAACAAGACUGGCCUGCUUCUGUUAGCUAUUGUAGCGGUACAUGUGGCUCUAUACAGUGCCAUAUCCCACAAGGAGUUCCGCUUCGUACUGCCUUUGCUGCCCAUAUUCCUGUACCUCGCCCAAGACUUCAUUGUCCCUUGGAGCAGAAAGGCUAAGAAGUGGCAGCUGUACGUGCUAACUGGAGCCAUCUUGAUCGGGAAUGUGGUCCCGGCGCUAUACUUCGGCGUGGUGCACCAAGCCGGCACGCUCAAAGUCAUGCCGCUGCUGCGAGAAGCUAUUCCCAAUAACAAGAGUUCCGUUCUGUUCCUAAUGCCUUGCCACUCCACGCCUCUGUACAGAACCAUCCUGCAGGGCUACUCUGAAAAACAUUAUCCGAAGUUUCGAAUGUCGCUAUCCCUCUUACGCAAACGUUUCGUAGUAGCCCCCCUGAUCGGGAAUGUGGUCCCGGCGCUAUACUUCGGCGUGGUGCACCAAGCCGGCACGCUCAAGGUCAUGCCGCUGCUGCGAGAAGCCAUCCCCAGCAACAAGAGUUCCGUCCUGUUCCUCAUGCCUUGCCACUCCACGCCUCUGUACAGCCACCCUGAUCGGGAAUGUGGUCCCGGCGCUAUACUUCGGCGUGGUACACCAAGCCGGCACGCUCAAGGUCAUGCCGCUGCUGCGAGAAGUCAUCCCCAGCAACAAGAGUUCGGUCCUGUUCCUGAUGCCUUGCCACUCCACGCCUCUAUACAGCGUUUCGUAGUAGCCACCCUGAUCGGGAAUGUGGUCCCGGCGCUAUACUUCGGCGUGGUGCACCAAGCGGGCACGCUCAAGGUCAUGCCGCUGCUGCGAGAAGCCAUCCCCAAUAACAAGAGUUCCGUCCUGUUCCUGAUGCCUUGCCACUCCACGCCUCUGUACAGGGCUACUCUGAAAAACGCCUCCUUGAUCGGGAAUGUGGUCCCGGCAUUAUACUUCGGCGUGGUGCACCAAGCCGGCACGCUCAAGGUCAUGCCGCUGCUGCGAGAAGCUAUCCCCAAUAACAAGAGUUCCGUCCUGUUCCUAAUGCCUUGCCACUCCACGCCUCUAUACAGGGCUACUCUGAAAAACAUUAUCCGAAGUUUCGAAUGUCGCUAUCCCUCUUACGCAAAGCAAGAUGCCAGCAUGAGCGACGCCCCCCUGAUCGGGAAUGUGGUCCCGGCGCUAUACUUCGGCGUGGUGCACCAAGCCGGCACGCUCAAGGUCAUGCCGCUGCUGCGAGAAGCCAUUCCCAAUAACAAGAGUUCCGUCCUGUUCCUAAUGCCUUGCCACUCCACGCCUCUGUACAGCCACCUGCACCAGAACGUAACCACCCGCUACCUCAACUGCGACCCGCCGUUCAACAAGGUCGGCGAGACGUACGAAGCAGAAUACUUCUUCAACAACCCGCAGCGCUGGUGGCGGUCGGAAUACGCUGCCAAGGCCACGCCGCAGUUUGUGGUGCUGUUCGAUACGCUCAAGGGACGAGUAGAGAACGCUCUGCAAGGAUACAAGCAAAUGUAUGAGAUACCGCAUACACAGGUUCUAAUGAGGCUGAUGUGGCGCCUUGUCACGCACGUAGGCAGUUUACUGCUUGACUGCAUGAUAUAUGAGAGACACGUUCCACGAGUUAAUGUGCGCGCUAAAAUGUAUCGCGGGGCGGUACACUUGGUUCUAAUUAUUUCGAUUUGUGUCAAAGUGUCAGUGUCACAGCCUAAAUACAUUCCUGGCAGUGUCAAGGAGGAUUUGAAGGUGCACCAAGACAAGGAUGACGGCAAGAGUAGCCUGGUGUUUGUGUUUGACACGACUGGGUCCAUGUACAAUGAUUUGAGGCAGCUAAGAGAGGGUGCUGAGAUGAUAAUGGAUACGGCUUUGGAGGAGAGCAAGAUAAUAGCAGAUUUUGUGUUUGUGCCCUUCCAUGAUCCUGGCGUAGGUCCAGCCACAGUGACCCGUCGUAAAGGUGUGUUCAAAGCGGCUCUAAACAUAGUCCGUGUGUACGGAGGCGGGGACUGCCCGGAGAAGUCAUUGAGUGGUAUCCAGCUGGCUCUCAACGUGAGCAGACCGCGGUCUUUUGUGUACGUGUUCACCGAUGCCACAGCCUCUGACCAUAGACUCGUGGGGAAUGUGCUGGAUUUGGUGCAGAGGAAACAGAGCCAGGUGGUAUUCGUCCUCACAGGGCAUUGCAAUGAUCUCCAGAAGCCUACUUAUCUAGUCUAUCAGCAAAUCGCAGCUGCUAGCUCAGGUCAAGUGUUCAACCUUAACAAAACCAGCGUUCAUAAGGUACUAGACUUCGUUAGAAGUUCAAUAAGGGGUAGGAAUGUAAACCUCGGUUCUUCUGUCAAUCCAGCUGGGUAUAAUCACACGCAGGAGAUCCCAGUGGAUAAUACUUUAGGGGAAGUAACAGUAUCAGUAUCUGGAGCCAAACCAAGUAUUAAAGUGAUCGAUCCUAAAGGAGAAGAACUCACUGGGCCACCAAAGCUUAUCACCACUUUGGACCUUUCCGAAAUUAUGGUAGUAAAAGUAAUGCAGCCAGAGCCGGGCAACUGGACGAUUACAGUGGGGAGUGAGGAGGAGUAUUCCGUGAGGGUAGUGGGACUGUCCAAUCUCACGUUCACCCACGGCUUCUCUGUUUCUCCGCCGGCGGAUUUACGCGAAACCAGCUACCGGCCUCUGAAAAGUACAUACAACCACCUAAUGAUCUCGCUGACCCAACCAGAGGCGCCAGCGACCAUAGACUACGCGGAAAUACUGGAUCUCACCGGGAAGACGUUAUUCGAAGUGCCGUUGCGCGAAGUUGACCAUUUGAAUAAGACCUACGUAGCUGAACCAUUCAUACCACCCGACGAAUUCUUUUACAUUGCUAUUAAUGGACACGACGGCAAUAAUCAAGAGCUGAGGAGAAUAGGCGCUACUGCUGUUCAAGCGAAACUGCCUGAUGUUCCUUACCUGACUGCACCUAGAAAGGUGGAAGCCCGCUACCACGAGCGAGUGGUGCUGACGUGUGGCGUAGAGAGCUUGGUACCGGUUACUGCUGCGUGGACGCACGGCUUUGAGAGGAUACAGCCAAAGGUCUCUAGUCUGCAAACCACAUCAACAGACUACGUUAUCGAGGAUAUGUCUCCGGAGCAUUCGGGCGAGUACCGCUGCGUAGCCACUAACGCUGCGGGCCAGAGUGUGGCACACACUGAAAUAGAGCUCCUAGUGGACCCUCCGCAAGUGACCGUGAGCCCCGGCAACCAAACUCUACAGUUCGGGGAGGAGUUGGCGAUAUCCUGCGAAGUUUUUAGCGAGGCAUUGUUAAUGAACAUGCAAAUGGUCUUCAAAGGGAUGGAUACAGAUAUGACUGAAGUCUAUGUGGAGCCAAAUUUUGAUGGUUUUUAUUCCUACAACAAAACUAUACCACACGUUGAUGAGAACCACAAUGGGGUGUAUACCUGCAUUGCUACUAACAGUGCUGGCCAAACCAAAGCUUCAAUGAACAUAACAGUGCAAUCAGAGCCGAUCGUUCAGAUCCUCGGUCCUCACAGCAUCAGGAGACUCCUCCAUUCCGAUAUCCAACUCAGUUGUCACGUGGAGAAUGCUGAGCUGAUGCAGUGGGUAGCUCCUAAUAAGAGUGUGGUGGUGGAAAAUGUGGUUAAUGGGAGCUAUGACGGGAUGUUCGAGGUUAAGAAUGUCACUGGAGGACCCUGGACUUGUGUGGGGUUGAGAGGACCGUACAAAGUUACCGACGCAAUCGAAGUGGAUAUCCUAAUAAAACCAUCGGCUAUUAUUGAGGGUAGUAAGAACAUUACCAUUUUGAAUGGGACGAUCCACGAGGUCACCUGUCUGGUCACGGCCAGGCCGCCGCCAAGAAUCAUCUGGCACAGAGAAACUGAAAGCUUCCUCAAUCACACAAUAACAUCCAUCAAAGAGAACGUAUACAAAAGCGUCUUAAAGCUCAACAGCUCGGAAGACGCGAUAGAAGCGACAUACUUCUGCAUCGGGGAGAACUCUGAGGGUAUAUCGGAAGACAGCAUCGUGGUCAACGUUCGACGCAAGAUGAGCUUGGUAGAGGGGUUUACUGACAAAUCAGUAGAAAUAUACUCCCAAGUGGAUCUCCACUGUGAAAUAGACGCCUACCCCGCCCCUCGUAUCACCUGGCACCACAACGGGACGGAGCUGGUGUCAGACCACAACGUCCAGCUGUCAGACGACGGAACUGUCAUGUACGUGCUGAUGGUUGACUUUGACAACCUCGGAGAAUACGCCUGCGAAGCUCAGAAUGACUACGAGAGGAUGAGGGUAAAUGGGACCUUAAGUGUUCAAGGAUUGGAAUCGCCUGUGCUUUCAAAAGAACCAGCUAAAAGGAUUGCCCGUAGUGGAGAGUCUACAAUACUAACAUGUAGAGUGCUUCAAGGCAAACCAGAGCCAUUACUAUCGUGGAAAUUUAAAAGCGACACCUCAGAUGAGUUCUCUGACCUCCCGUGGGCUGCUGUGUUGAGUGAGGAUAGCACGAAUUUGACGUUACCGUCUGUGAAAGUUGAUUACGAUGGGAUGUAUCGAUGUGUAGCAGAAAAUGUUGUGGGGAGAGAUACGUAUGAAGUAGAGUUGGUGGUUCAAUAUCCUCCACGCCUCAUAGAUGUAUCGAACGAAACGGAAACAGUCACAAGACCAGUGAACAUAAAGGCUGGAGGCAACGUGACGUUCUCGUGCAAAGCCGUGGGCGUCCCGCCGCCUAUCGUGGUGUGGACCAAGAAUAACCGACCGCUGGCCUAUACGAACACUGUGUACUUGUCGAACUCGAACGAUUUAGUGAUUGAAAAGGCGAACGAAUUCGACUCAGGAUUGUACACGUGCAACGCCACCAGUGCUUUGGGUUCUUCGCAGAAGAACUUCACACUGUUCGUGUAUGUCCCCCCCUCAAUAUCCCUUCCACCAUUAGAGCCAGUAGCGCACGUAUCCGAGGGCCAAUUAGUGCAGUUGCCGUGCCGGGUCCAAGGCCUGCCCGCGCCGCGUGUCCGUUGGCUGCGGGACGGAAAGGAUUUAGCCGACCGGAGGACGCUUGUGGACGAAUAUGGUAUAAGGUAG